AUGAGAAUGCCGGCACUUGAUGUUGAGGGGGCAUCAAAUACAAUCAACCUUGUCGAGGCCAGUGUGAAGGAGCUGCUUCGUGCUUUGAAUAUUCGUGCCAUAUCCAGCGUGCGACUCGUCUCACUCUACUUGCACCGAAUUGGAUACUACGAUUGUCGAGGUCCUUCGCUAAACUCAGUCUGUGUUCUGAAUCCGAAUGUAUUCCAGGAAGCCCAAGAAUCAGAUGACUAUCGGGCAACCGGUCAGCCACCAAGGCCCUUGGAAGGCAUUCCAUUCACAGUGAAGGACAGUUUCAAGGUCAAAGGCAUGACCGUAGCCGCCGGGUCUCCUGCAUUCAGCGAGCUGGUUGCCUCGGACGACGCAGCAAUCGUUUCACUCCUUCCCUAUGCAUCUGGCUCCUCCAACGGGUCUGGCACAUCAACAGCUGCAAGCUUCGCCGCUUUUGGACUUUCUGGAGAAACUGUUUCUUCGGGAAGGGCGCCGGCAUCGAAUAAUGCGCUCAUUGGAUACUCGCCGUCUCGGGGUUUGAUACCGAAUAGAGGCCAAUGGCCUCUUUACCCAACCUGCGAUGUUAUUGUGCCUCACACCCGAACAAUGGAAGAUCUGUUUACCCUCCUAGACGUCAUAGUGGCAGAUGAUAAGAUAUCAGCGGAAGGGAUUGACUUCUGGAGGAAUCAAAAGUUCGUUCCGAUCCCCCAUGCAUCAGACGUUCGACCUGUCAGCUUCAACUCUUUAGCGGAUCCGUAUUCACUUAUUGGGAAACGUGUUGCUGUUCCCAGGUGCUUUAUCGGUAUCCAAUCUGCAAAGCCGUCUCAUGUCUGCACGGAAUCUGUACAAAGGCUUUGGGAGAAUACGUGUACGACGCUGGAGGAUCUUGGAGCUACAGUCAUCGAGUCCGAUUUCCCUUUCCUCGAGCAGUAUACCAAAAAGGACUUUCCAGGACAAAGCUGCAAUGUGCCCGGGAUGCCCGACGACUGGAAUAGCAUUGAACGCUGUCAAAUGAUAGCCACUGCCUGGGAUGACUUCCUCCGACAGAACAACGACCCGAAUUGCUCAAGCCUUCCCGAGUCUGACCCUGACAAGAUCCAUCCACAUAUCGCCCCGAUGGACGAUCCGAUAAGAUUUACCGAGGCAAACAAUCAAGUUCGCUACUCUGAUAUGAUUGAUUUUGUCAGGAAUCGGACAAGUUCGAUUGAUACACUUUCUGGCACAAAGGAAGCUAUUCAGUCAUUGGAAAAUAUGCGGAAGAGAGAAUUCGAGGAUUGGAUGGAUUCUAAUGACUUCGACCUUCUCGCCUUUCCAACUAACGGAGAUGUUGCAUACGCCAAUUGUGAUGAGGAGAUUGAACCGCUGACCCAUGCUUUACAAGACGGGGUCAAGUAUUCUAACGGUGGAAGAUCUCUUAAGCAUUGUGGUAUCCCUUGCAUCACCGUCCCAAUGGGCACAAUGAAGAGUAAACGCAUGCCUGUGGGAGUCACAUUUGCAUCGAAGGCUUACUCGGACAACGAUCUCCUUCGCUAUGCAUAUUCAUACGAAGCAGCAACUCAUGCUCGAACAGUUCCAUUGUUGACUCCCCCAUUGCCGACAGACCAUAUUUCACUAUCUACGUUUCCCCAAACGGGUUCAAUGAAAGCCAGGCCUAUUCUCGAAAUCAGGACAGUAAGAAGUGAGCUGAUAAAGGGAGUGAAGCAGAAGAUCUGCCGUCGUGUCUCGAUGGAAGGCACUGUGCUAUCGAGCAUUCCAGAGGUUGGAGUGUCUUCUGUCCAGAUAUUUGUCAACGGUGAAGAAUCUCUCGUGGGCCAGUUCAGUCAUGAGAAGUGGAGAUGGGAAACGACGAUUUCUCGACCGGAACGACUUGAGCGAUUUCCAGAAAUCGGCCAAGUGCCAAAGAAUCAAUUUCUGGUUGUUGUGAUUGCUUCUUUGGCCAAUGGACGAUGUGCAGCUUCGAUGUUCUUGUUAGAUUGA